UACAUGUCAAUUAGUUUGGUUUAUUAUCUUUUUAUAGUGUAAGCAUUUACUUUACAUGUCUUUACAUGUAGAUACCAGUCUCACAGAUUUUUAGCUGGUCAGAUAUGUCUGAAAAGAAUGGACAGACAAAAUCGCUCGAAGCUAAAUUACCCUGGUACUAUAAUGUAUACAACACCAUCAAGGAUACGCCCAUCAAUUUGACGCUUUUACUCGUCUCGGCCUUCGUUUUCUAUAAAGUUGUAAAUAUAUCGCGUCAACGUCGCAAUUUGAAUCGUGUUCGCAAUUUCUUUGGCUACGGGAAAGACAACGAGAAAUCACAGUUACCGCCGCUACAACGUGACUUUACCGUAAAAGAGCUACUCGAAUAUAAUGGCACUCGUGAAGAUGGACGUAUACUAGUGGCAGUCAAUUAUAAUAUAUACGAUGUAUCGUGUGCUAAGCAAGUUUAUGGGCAAACUGGAGCAUAUCCACAAUGGGCAGGAUCUGAUAUAUCACGUAAUUUGAUCAACUUUACAGCGGAACGAAAUGAGAAUCAGGAAUUUGAUUAUAUGAGCGACCUAACUGCAAAGCAAAGGAGUAAUUUAAUGGAGUGGGAUCAACAGUAUAGUGAAAAGUAUCCGCUUGUUGGCCAUUUGGUGUCUGAUGAUGAAGACGAAAAUGAAGAACAUACCGUAGUUGUUGAAAAUGAUGAGGGCGACAAGGAAGAAAUUGAAAAACGGUUAGGCACAAUAUAAAAUGUAACUGAUACUACGAAAAUUUGUUGUUACUAGCC